AUGUCAAAAUUAGUCUCACAGUGGUUAAAUGAAUCAUUCAAAGUUAUCAGAAAGAGUCAAGUAAUAAAAUAUAAAGUACACUUAAAAAAUGUAGACGAUAGCAUUAAAGAAUAUUUUGAAAAACCAGACACAUUAAUAAGAGUCAAAAAAGGUAUGGUAUUAUUAACAGAAAAUCUUGACUCAGUAAAAUUUGCAUCCUCUUGCUUUGACGAAGUGGAAGUGGAAAAUUCAACAAAGAUUAGUUUCCCAUUAAAAUUGAAACAACUGGAAUCUUUAGAUUAUUUGGAUGCGAUGCCUGAAGAACUCUCAUCAAAGGUAGUCGAACGUCGAACAUUUCCAAAAGAGAUAUCUUUCACCUUUGUUAAUCUUGAUGAGAAAUGGGACACACAUCAAUUAACAAAGACUAUAGAAAAUCUUGAUUUUCCCAAAAAAAAACUCCUACAAACCUAUUACGCUCAGCAUGAGCAAGAGCAAGAGCAAGAGCAAGAGCAAGAGCAAGAGCAAGAGCAAGAGCAAGAGCAAGAGCAAGAGCAACAGCAACAAUUUAUCCCCAGAACUAAUAACUAUGAAGAUUUCAAAAUAUUACAAAAAAAACUAAGUAGACAGAAAAUACAACAACAAAUGAUCAAAAAGGAAAUCAAAAGAAGCUUCAAAAAAAACAAAAACAAAAAUAACAACAACGACCACAAAAAGAACAAAUUCGACAACAACGACCACAACAAGAACAAAUUCGACAACAAAUUCGACAACAACAAGAUGAAAAAGAGUGACAAGACGAUAAAGAGGAAAAACAACACAAAAACAACACCAACCACAAGAACAACACAAACUACAAGAACAACACCAACAAAAAAAACACAAGAAUAA